AUGAGCCGCGGCCAGCCCUACGCGCCGCGGCCGGGCAGCUCCCCGGCCAGGCCGGGCCGGAGGACGGAGAGCCAGGACUAUCUGCUCAUGGCCUCGGGGUUGUGCGAGGAGAACCCCCUGCCGCCCUACGCCUACUACCCCGUUCGAGGUACUGAGAAUAGGCUAGCACUUCGACGACAGACCAUACUCCGGGAGAAGGGCAGAAGGCUGGCCAAUCGAGGACCAGCGUACAUGUUUAAUGAUCGUUCCACAAGCCUCUCUCUUGAUGAGGAGCGUUUUUUGGAUGCAGCAGAAUAUGGGAAUAUUCCCGUGAUUCGUAAAAUGCUGGAAGAGUGUACUUCACUAAAUGUGAACUGUGUGGACUACAUGGGGCAGAAUGCUUUGCAGCUUGCAGUCGCCAAUGAGCAUCUGGAGAUUAUAGAACUUUUACUGAAGAAGGAGAACCUCUCCCGGGUUGGGGAUGCCUUGCUCUUGGCUAUUAGUAAAGGUUAUAUUCGGAUAGUGGAAGCCAUCCUAAAUCAUCCUGCAUUCGCUGAAGGCAAGAGACUUGCAUUAAGUCCCAGCCAAUCAGAAUUCCAGCAUGAUGACUUUUAUGCAUACGAUGAGGAUGGAACCCGGUUCUCCCAUGAUGUUACCCCAAUCAUUCUGGCUGCUCACUGCCAUGAAUAUGAAAUUGUCCACACCCUUCUGAGAAAAGGUGCUCGCAUUGAAAGGCCACAUGACUAUUUCUGCAAAUGCAGUGAGUGCAGUGAGAAGCAAAAACAUGACUCUUUCAGCCAUUCUAGGUCCAGAAUCAAUGCCUACAAAGGUCUGGCGAGCCCUGCUUACCUCUCCUUAUCCAGUGAAGACCCGGUAAUGACUGCCUUAGAACUUAGCAAUGAGCUGGCUGUGCUUGCAAACAUUGAAAAAGAAUUCAAGAAUGAUUACAAAAAAUUGUCUAUGCAAUGCAAGGAUUUUGUAGUUGGACUCCUCGAUUUGUGCAGAAAUACUGAAGAAGUGGAAGCUAUUUUGAAUGGAGAUGUGGAGAUGAGCCAUAAUAGUGGAGAACAUGGUCGUCCCAGCCUUAGCCGCUUAAAACUUGCCAUUAAGUAUGAAGUCAAAAAAUUUGUAGCACAUCCAAACUGCCAGCAACAACUUCUCUCAAUCUGGUAUGAGAAUCUCUCAGGUUUACGCCAGCAGACCAUGGCAGUGAAGUUUCUAGUUGUUCUUGCAGUUGCAGUAGGGCUGCCAUUCCUGUCAGUGGUUUAUUGGAUUGCUCCAUGCAGCAAGCUGGGGAAGAUAAUGCGUGGACCAUUUAUGAAGUUUGUAGCACACGCAGCCUCUUUCACAAUUUUUCUUGGUCUGCUAGUUAUGAAUGCAUCUGACAGAUUUGAAGGCAUCAAACUCCUACCUAAUGAAACUAGAACAGAUCAUGCAAAACAGCUGUUCAGAAUGAAAACAUCCAGCUUCUCGUGGAUGGAGAUGCUCAUUAUCUCUUGGGUAAUAGGCAUGAUAUGGUCUGAAUGUAAAGAAAUUUGGUCUCAAGGGCCCAAGGAAUAUCUGUUUGAGUUAUGGAAUAUGCUUGAUUUUGGUAUGUUAGCCAUUUUUGCAGCAUCAUUCAUUGCAAGGUUUAUGGCAUUUUGGCAUGCUUCCAGAGCCCAGGGCAUUGUUGAUGCAGAUAAAGAUAUGACGGACUUGGCAACUGCACCAUUGGAUCCCAACACAAAAUACUACACAUUGGCCAGAAUAAACUGGGAUCCAUCUGAUCCACAAAUCAUAUCUGAAGGCCUGUACGCAAUUGCUGUUGUUUUAAGUUUCUCCAGAAUAGCCUACAUUCUCCCAGCCAAUGAAAGCUUUGGACCUCUACAGAUAUCACUUGGCAGAACUGUGAAAGACAUCUUCAAGUUCAUGGUAAUAUUUAUCAUGGUGUUUGUGGCCUUCAUGAUAGGAAUGUUUAAUCUCUAUUCCUACUACCGUGGGGCCAAACAAAACGAAGCAUUCACAACAGUUGAAGAAAGUUUUAAGACAUUGUUCUGGGCUAUAUUCGGACUUUCAGAAGUGAAAUCAGUUGUCAUCAAUUAUAGACACAAAUUUAUUGAGAAUAUUGGUUAUGUCCUUUAUGGAGUCUAUAAUGUUACUAUGGUCAUUGUUUUAUUGAACAUGCUAAUUGCAAUGAUCAACAGCUCUUUCCAGGAGAUUGAGGAUGAUGCUGAUGUGGAAUGGAAGUUUGCUAGGGCUAAACUCUGGUUUUCCUACUUUGAAGAGGGGAGAACUCUUCCUGUACCCUUCAACCUAGUGCCAACUCCAAAAUCUUUGCUUUAUCUCUUACUCAGAAUAAAAAAAUGGAUGUCUAAAGUGUUCCUAUGCCAUAAGAAAGGUUUUCAAGAAGAUGCAGAGAUGAAUAAGCUUGGACAAAGUAAGCAAUCAAGUAUAAGAAGCACAGAUGAUCUCCAUUUAGAUAGCUUAAGUAAUCCUCCACGACAAUACCAGAAGAUAAUGAAGCGUCUCAUUAAAAGAUAUGUACUGAAAGCUCAGAUAGACAAGGAGAGUGAUGAAGUCAAUGAAGGUGAACUGAAGGAAAUUAAACAGGACAUCUCAAGUCUCCGUUAUGAACUUCUUGAGGAAAAAUCUCAGAACACAGAAGACCUGGCAGAACUCAUUAGAAAACUUGGGGAGAAACUUUUGAUUGAGCCCAGAGAGGAAGAAAGGAGGAGUUAA